AAACCAACUCCUCUGGCAUUUAUGUUUGGAUAAUGACAGGACUUUUAUUUUGAUUUAGUGGUGUGACGUCAUAGAACUGCGCCGCUUUCCGGCAUCUUCUGUGAUUCGGCUGAAGAAAGUGCACUGAACUCAACUAGGGAGCAGAUUGAGACGCAAGGAAGGUGUGUCCAAACACACAGGAAAACUCCUCCUGAAUCAUCUGAGAUUCACUGACGAGACACACUAAUUAAGAUGGAGUUCAUAAAAGAAGAGAGUGAAGAUGUGAAGAUUAAAGUCAAAUAUGAAGAUACUGAGACACAAACGAAUAUUGAGUUUAUUAAAGUAGAGAGUGAAGACAUGAAGAUCGAAGAAACAUUUGUCAAACAUGAAGAUACUGAGACACAAACAGACCUGGUGGCUUUGAAAGAAGAAAGGCAAGAACUGACAAAGAUAGAAGAGAAAGAUCAAUAUGAUAGAAUUGACUUCAUGACUGUUGAAAAUUCCAUACAGACUGAAACAACUCCACCACAAAAAAAAGUUCAGCAGACCGAAUCUGACAGUUGCCUCACUUGCCUUCAAUGUGGAAGGAUGUUCAGUCAAAAAUGUAACCUUAAAAGCCAUAUGAGAAUUCAUACUGGAGAAAAGCCUUUCACAUGUCAACAGUGUGGAAAGAGUUUUAGACAUAAACAAGGCCUUGAUUCCCACAUGAAGCAUCAUACUGGAGAGAAACCUUUCACCUGCCAAGAGUGUGGAAAGAGAUUAUCAAGUAAGGAAAACCUUAAAUACCACAUGAACCUUCACACUGGAGAGAAACCUUUCACCUGCCAACAGUGUGGAAAGAGUUUCUUACGUAAACAGAACCUUAAAUGCCACAUGAAAAGACACACUGGAGAGAAACCUUUCAUUUGCCAGCAGUGUGGAAAGAGUUUUGAUCGAAAACACACCCUUAAAAGCCAUAUGAGAAUACACACUGGAGAGAAGCCUUUCACAUGCCAACAGUGUGCAAAGUGUUUUAGACAUAAACAAGGUCUUGAUGCCCACAUGAAACAUCAUACUGGAGAGAAACCUUUCACCUGCCAACAGUGUGGAAAGAGUUUUAGACAUAAACAAGGCCUUGAUUCCCAUAUGAAGCUUCACACUGGAGAGAAAUCUUUCACCUGCCAACAGUGUGGAAAGAGUUUUAGGAAGAAAGAGUCCCUUAAUUCCCACACAAAGAGCGAACACCCAGGAGAGAACGGUUUUAUAUGUCAUCGGUGUGGAGAGCGUUUCAGUUGUAAAGUAAGCCUUAAAACUCAUGAGACUUCACACUCCAGAGAAGCCAUUGGCAUAUAAUCCGUGUGGAAAGAAUUGAGGACAUAAAGCAACCCUUGAUUAAACCCUUGUAUACAUCUUUCACGUGCCAUGACUGUGGAAAGAGUUUCAGAUUUAAAGGAAUCCUUAAGGUCCGCUUGAGAAUCCACAGUGGAGAGAAACCCUUCGCCUGCACUCAACUGUGGAAAGAGUUUGUCAUAAAAAUAGCCUUUGGAUUCAAGAGGCUUCACACUGGAGAGAAAAGUAGAAAAGUAAUGCAGAUGUGAGACCAUAUUUGUGUUCUGUGUGGAAAGCUUUUUAAAUGGCCCAGCAGUUUAAAACAGGUUAUCUGUGUGAAACUAAAGCUAUGUUCAAUAAGGCCCAGAUCUGAUAGUCCACAUGCUUGAUCGAAUGCAUUCUCAAAUUUUUAUGAACUUGUCUUUUUUUUUUUUGUAUUGUACAUAUGAACUGCUGUGUGUUUGUGCGACCAUCUGCUUUGUUAUAGUUCAGUUCUCAAAUUUUUGGUUUGUCAAAAGACACUUUUGUGAAAAUUCACGUCAUAAUUAAAAUUAAUUA